GGCUCCGAUGUCUGGCCGUGUCUCCGGGGAGGAUGUGUUCAGCUCACAGCGGCCGUGUUCUGGCAGUGAGUCGGGCGGAGUCAACGAGAGGACGGGGAUCGGAGUAACUGACACCUCUUGCCUUGAUUUGGGGACAUUUGCCACACCCUCUGCGCAUACACCACGCGCAGGUCACAAUCCCAGCAACGGAAGUGCUGGUAAAUCCGGGAAACGGAAGAAAAGUUCCGAGGCCGUUGGCAGACGUCCCGACAACAAGGGGGACAGUUGUGGCAGAGCUGCUGUAGCGACCACAGAAGACAAACGUUUUAGAGAGACAGAGAAACUAGUCACAGACAGCCCGGACAAUCGCAGCAGCUGUAGCGGAGAGCAAUACAGUAAAACUGUUGAAAACUCCCUAAAUAGCGCUGAAGACAAUCACCUUAGUGAAAGUGUUAGAAACACCGUAGAAAGAUCAGAAGACGGAUCAGAAGACAGAUUAGAAGAGACAUCAGAAAGACACCCCACAGUAUCAAGGUCACGUGACCUUAACGGAGAAGGUGAAGGUCGCAGCAAGAAAGGAAGUGACGACAGCGGAGGGGGACAAGUGUCCGUGACAAAGAACGACAACUCCGCCAUGUGUCUGGCCAGUAACUGUCAGCACAAGAACGGAGGGGGCGUGGCCCUACAGGCCUACACCUUCACUUCCUGGGAUCACGUGGGGAAAUGGCCGGAUUCGAACCUGCCACCUCCGCCGUAUGAGCCAGACUACACUCUACCAAGAGGGAAUUUCGUGCCUCUCAUUCGGUUUAAAAAACUCCCGGGGACCUUCAGGGAAGACGGACGAGAUGGCAAUUACAACUUGACAACUCCGUCGUCCGCGGUCCGGGAUCUGGCGUGGUAUGAAGGGGAAGACGUGGAGACCGACGAUGCAGCACUCGAGGAGCUGGUGGUGAGAGAAGAUGGCGUCGACGAGUCUUCUCCAAUCUCUCUACCCGAACGUUCUCGAAUCAGUCUGCGCGACACGGCCAUACAGACGUCCCUCGACCUCGAUGGGUAUGCUGUGGACAUCUCUAAGACUUUGGACGUUCGGACCAAUGGCUUUAGCAAGACGGACUUGGGCUCAGAGAUGGUCCAGGGGACUGGCGAUAUCGGCCAGGGCAACGACCCUCCAGGUUUGGCUCAAGAUAUUGGAACUGGGGGGAUACAAGAAAAUGAGAAGGAAAGAAGAGAAGAGGAAGGAGGAAAAGUAAAAGAAGGAAAAGAAGAAGAUGGAGAUAACGUACGAGACGUGGAUGACAAAGAAGAAGGAAAAGUCAAAAUAGAUGAAGGGAAGGGGGAGAUUUUCGAUCGUGCGAGAGAGACAGAGGUCGGUAGUGCAGGCGACGUCCCAGACGAUCAAGGAGAAGAAGAGAGUGACCCCACACGGACUAAGGUUCGCCGGACCCACAAGCCCGUCACUCUCCGGUCCAAGUCUUUGCACAACCAGAAAGACAACGUCGAGGGGAGGUCCCUCAAACCGGAAGCGACAAGUCUGAGCGGAAGUUUGCGCGAGCUGUCUCACCUGAACAUCGACGUGAGUCAGAAGCUGGUGGCCGGCCAGCGUCACUACGUGGUGGAGAACGGGUCAGCUGACCUACAGGUCGUGGUCAACGCCCUCACGCCAGUCCUGUCCAGGCGGAACCGGUCACGUGCUGCCAGACGCCUGGGCCAUCGCGUGACUCCCCCGGACUCACCAGCCCACAAUGACGACAGACGUCAGCUGAACCACCACCAGUAUUCUAGCGACAAGACAAUCACAGAAACACAGCAGUCAGCUGGGACAAAGUCAGCCCCAGAAGUCAAUGAAGUCAUGAAGGUACAAUCAACGGAGAGAAAGUCUACGUCAGGGGCGCAGGGAGCCUCCGACAGACCUGGCAAUGACCAAGCUGUUUUUGCAGCUGCCCGUGCGGGUGUAUUAGGUCAAAGGAAUGUACAUGGUUUCGGUCGUGCGGAAGAGAAGAGAGAGGAUAUGCACGUGCCGAUGUACACACGACUCAGAAGUCACGAUGGGACGUAUCGCCCCGGGGAAGGCUCGGCCGAGCAGGAAUCUACGACAGCCGCCCUCCCGCGCCUCCCCAAGCGGGACAGGAAACCUCUGUACCAAAUCUCCGACAAACUUAGUCAGAUCUCGAAAGGAGGGAAGGGAAGUGAGAAACCCCGGGAACCGCACCGGGAGAAAACCCGUGAAAAGAACGGCGGUUCUUCUGGGAACCGUGAGAAAUCUCCGUCUGACGAUGCUUGGAAGGGACUGGACCUCAGUUCAGUCAUAGAGGAAGAUUCCUUGAGUAAAGAACUGGAGACGAGCAAGAAGAGCAUGUUCUUGAGCCCGAAACUCGCUCACACCUGGCACGGUGUGUCUGACUGUGCGCCUACACGGACCGCGCCUCGCAUGGGGGUGGGGGUGAUCACCGGGGACACCAGCAGGCUUUUCUCCUCCCAUCACGGCAUGCAGGGGACGGGGCCAGAGCUACCGUCCGCCCCUCCCUCCCGGCACGUCACUCGCACUCUGCCCGUCAUAUCUCGCACACUGCUAGACGCGCUCCACAAGCGCUACUGCGCCCACCAGUACUCGCAGCACUACAGCGUCCUUCAGCCCUUCCCAUUGCUCAAGCGUGACCCCGCCUUCCCCACACGCACUCAGCCAAUCACAGCGCUCCGCGUGGAGCCCCGUCCCGCCCGGGAACACGAGGUGGUUGCGGCCCCGCCCUCCCCCCAGGUCCUGGCCCGGAUGCGGAAGUUGCAGUCAGACGGUGAGUCGGACACGACAAGCUCCGCCACGGACAGUGUCCAGUCGUCUCCCAGACAGGAACACCUGGAGGAGGUGCCCGCGGCGUCUUCCUUGUUGGUCCAACCACAG